AUGUCAGAUUCCAACACAACUGACUUCACCAACCCCUCUACCUUCAUCCUGCUGGGCAUUCCUGGCCUGGAGGCAGCCCAUGUCUGGAUCUCCAUCCCUUUCUGUGCCAUGUGUGCCAUAGCCAUCUUGGGGAACUUCACCAUCCUGUUCAUAGUGAAGAUGGAGCCAAGCCUCCAUGAGCCCAUGUACUAUUUCCUCUUCAUGCUGGCUGUCUCCGACCUGGUCCUGUCUACGUCCAUCCUGCCCAAGACGCUGAGCAUCUUCUGGUUCAAUUCCAGGGAGAUCGAUUUCAGUUCCUGCUUCACCCAGAUGUACUUCAUUCACUGCUUCUUAACGAUGGAGUCUGGGAUCUUCGUGGCCAUGGCUUUGGAUCGCUACGUGGCCAUCUGUGACCCCCUGAGACAUUCCGCCAUCCUGACAAACGCUGUGGUGGCCAAGAUUGGCCUGGCUGUGGUGCUGCGUGGCAGCAUGCUUGUACUGCCUGUUCCCUUCCUGGUGAGGCAGUGGCCAUAUUGCAGAACCAACAUCAUUCCUCACACACACUGUGAGUACAUGGCUGUGGUGAAGCUGGCCUGUGCUGACACCCAUGUUAGUAGUUACUACGGCCUCUCGGUGGUAUUCUUUGUGACUAGUCUGGAUGUGCUGUUUAUCACUCUGUCCUAUAUCCAGAUUAUCAGGGCCAUCUUCAGCAUCCCCACAAAGGACACCCGGCUUAAGACUUUUAGCACCUGCGGCUCCCACCUCUGUGUCAUCUUAGCCUUUUACAUCCCAGCUCUCUUCUCCUUCCUCACACACCGGUUUGGCCACAAUGUGGCCCUCCAUUUCCAUGUUCUCAUGGCCAACGUGUACCUCCUGGUGCCCCCCAUGCUAAACCCCAUCAUCUACGGGGUGAGGACCAGAGAGAUCCGGGACAGGCUGCUCCGUCUCUUUCCUCAUAAAGGGACCUAA